AUGAAUCCAGAUUCAACUCAAACGAUUGAUAACAAGGAUCCUAAGGGUGAUAACAAUCAGAAGCAACGGUGGAGAUUACUCUUCUUUAGUUAUACAGAUAUUGAGAAGGCUACAAAAGCAUUUUCAUUUGAAAAUAAGAUAGGAGAGGGUGGUUUUGGUCCCGUUUACAAGGGUGUAUUAGCAAAUGGACAGGAAAUAGCAGUGAAAUUACUUUCCAUAGGCUCUAAACAGGGAUUUGAGGAGUUCAAGAAUGAAGUUAUACUCACAGCAAAACUGCAGCAUGUUAAUCUUGUGAGGGUUUUGGGAUUUUGCAUUGAAAGGGAUGAACAAAUGCUAAUCUAUGAGUAUAUGCCUAACAAAAGCUUGGACUUGUACCUCUUUGACCUUACCAGACGAUUGCUUUUGGGUUGGAAUGAACGUGUUCAUAUCAUUGGAGGGAUUACUGAAGGACUACUGUAUAUUCAAGAAUACUCAAGAUUCACUAUAAUCCACCGAGACUUAAAAGCUAGCAACAUUUUACUUGACAACAAGAUGAAGCCAAAGAUAUCAGAUUUUGGCAUGGCUAAAAUUUUCACAAAAGAUGAACAUGAAGCAAACACGGGUCGGGUUGUUGGAACGUAUGGUUACAUUCCUCCUGAAUAUAUUAGACGAGGCUUGUACUCUGUUAAAUCCGAUGUCUACAGCUUUGGAGUUCUGCUACUACAGAUCAUAAGUGGCCAGAAGAAUGCCAGUUGUAAUGAUCUGACUGAAAAUUUAACCCUUCUAGAAUAUGCAUAUGACCUGUGGAAAUCUGGAAAAGGCAUGGAGUUCAUGGACCAGUCUUUGGAUGAUACACAUUCAUCAUGUAAAUUAAUCACAUGCAUGCAAAUAGCUCUUUUAUGUGUUCAAGAAAAGGCAAUUGAUAGACCAUCCAUGUUGGAAGUUUCUUCAAUGCUGAAAGGUGAAACUGCUGCUCUUGCAAUCCCCAAAAAGCCAGCGUAUUCAAAAGGAAAUGAAGAUGAGGAAAAGAAAUCUGAAUGGCAGCAAGAAUAUUGUUCCAUCAAUGAUGUAACAAUCUCCGAAAUGCUAGCUCGAUCAUAA